AUUGCUUUUUUGUUUGCAGUGAUUAUUUCACUAAGGAAGAGGACAAACCACGUACAUCACCAACUUGGUGGUAUCAAAAACUCCGGACAUCCAAAGCAUGGCUGGAAGACGUACAUAUAGAUGCUUGGAUGAAUGUGCUGAGGCAGAGGUAUAAGGAGAACCCACAAUGUUUCCGGAGCGAGCGAAUGUGCUUCCUGGAUCACAACUUUACCCAGUCUUGGAGAGAACAGUAUCUGUUCUUCAAAGCAUCGUCGUCUGAUCACAAUGGUUUAGGAAAAAUGCUACCUAGUGGGGCGGCGAGUUUGUAUGACGGAUCAAUGCCUUCAUUUUGCCAAUCAAACAAGAAGUGGGGGGAGGACAUUGAUGAUAUCUAUGCGCCACUGAACUUGGACAACAAACAUUGGGUGGCUAUUUGGAUAUCGAUCCCUAAGAGGCACAUAGUCGUCUGGGACAGCAUACCUUCAACUACCAUACCAGAAAGAUGGGAUGAGAUAAUGGAGCCUUUUCUCGAGAUGGUCCCUUAUCUGAUUGUGGAGUGCGGAGACCAGAUGCAUGGGUUGGAGCGAUACACAUAUGAGAGACUGCUGAAAGAUGUACCCACGGCCAACAAUGGUGAUUGUGGCGUGUACGCUGCAAAGUACAUUGAGUGUCAUGCUCUUGGGGUCCCCUUUAGCCCUAAAGACUUUGCUAGGUCCAAUGCGAAGACUAUGAGGGAUAAUAUGGCUUUGGUUAUAUGGACGGAGCUUGUUGAUCAGCAUCUGAAAGAUAAUGAGGAUGGUGGUAUGUUUGUGGGCAUGUAUGAUUAGAUACACAAAUCAAUUUGUAUGUCU